UACCUGCGCGGGUCUGGGCGGGAAUUGCGGCGCGGCGGGCUGAGGGAGGCACCGGGUAGCGGGCGACAUGUUCCAGGGCCGGGAGAGCGAGGGUGUCCGUGCGGGCUCCAGGACCAUGAAACCCCCAGGGGGAGAAUCAAGCAAUCUGUUUGGAAGUCCAGAAGAAGCUGUUCCUUCAACCAGGCCUAAUAGGAUGGCAUCUAAUAUUUUUGGACCAACUGAAGAACCUCAGAACAUACCCAAGAGGACAAACCCCCCAGGAGGGAAAGGAAGUGGGAUCUUUGAGGAAUCGACUCCUGUGCAGACUCGACAGCAUCUGAACCCCCCUGGUGGGAAGACCAGUGACAUUUUUGGUUCCCCAAUCACUGCCACUUCACGCUUGGCACACCCAAACAAACCCAAGGAUCACAUUUUCUUAUGUGAAGGAGAAGCAGCAAAAUCAGAUCAUAAAGCUGCAACAAGCAUCCCACCUGGAGAAGCGGGGAGUGAGAGAGGCAGUGCCAGAGAAGUGGGCCACGCCGGGGAGCACGAGCCCAGGCCCAAGGUUGACAGCCACGAGCCAAGGCUGGGGCCACGGCCUCGCUCACACAACAAAGUCCUGAACCCACCCGGAGGCAAAUCCAGCAUUUCCUUCUACUAAAAGAACUACUGCCUUACCACAGCCAGACAAGAAAGUCCAGAGUUGGGGUAUUGAAUGCUAUCAUUUCCUUUAGCCCAAAUGAGCUGGGGUGGAAGAGGUUUGUUGUGCGUGUGAGGCUGGGUGCUCAGAGUCUCCAUUGAUGACAUGAGAGCUGCUCAGAGGACCAUGCCUUCUAGACUGAGAAAGACACAUCUUUGUGGGGUUAAAUGUGAUUCCCCUGAUUUUCACUCAUUUGUAGUUUCAGAUAGGAGAUGAGCUUCAGGGCAGGGAGAUGGUACAGGGCCGUGUGAGGCUUGGUGAAGCUUGCCUUCCUGUCCUUGUAUCAGCAGUGUGCCAGCUGACAGGACAUCUAGGAAUGACUGAAAGAACCAAACAGCCUGCCCUUUGCUUGGGGUGCAGGGGGGCAAAGCAUAUGCAGAGACCCUGGCAAGGCAUGGGGUGGGUCUCUGUCCUCCGUAGAUGCUAAUGCUGGUUAUCUGUCAUCAAAAUGCUCCCUGAUGCUGAGAUUCCUGCUGCUGAACCCUAGCAUCUCCAGUCCAUUUAAUACCCAGUGUGGAAUAUAUAUAUUUAAUCCCCCACACAUUGGGGAUUUUAUAUAUAUAUAUUUUUUUUUUUUUUUUUGCAGUCUCUACUGACAUCUUAAUUGCUUCUCCUUGGCAGCUUUCAAAAAAACCAAAAAGUUGCCCUCAGUCUUUUGCUUUAUGGAAAGUUUUUAUACACCCUAAUCCUCUGAGUUGCCCAGUUUCUGCUGUCUAAAACCCUGUCCCAUCUCAUGGAAUCUGCCUUUCUGUGACAAGGUAUGGUCUUGGUCCUUCACAUUCCAGUUUUGCUUGUGAGUUGUUCCUUUUCUUCUCAUCAGCUUUAAGUCCAGGCCUUUGCUCUUUUCCAGUGAUGUGGACAGUCCCCUUCAUAAGCCAUGAUUUUUCCUGAGUCCUACCAACCUUCACAGGACUUUUAAAAUCUAUUCAGACGUGUUCAUAAGGGGCUUAUUUAAAAACUUCUUCCUGUGUCUUACUUUUUUUGUGUUAAUUGGUUGAUAGGAAGAAGAGAUGCUUGAGAACCUUGGACUCUUUGGUUUGGAGUUUAAUACCUAAGAUGCUAUUUUUAAACACCAGCUUUACAUACAUGUUUGUUGAUUCUGGUCUGUUCUUGACAUCUUCCAGAAAAAAUUGCUCAGGUACACCAAAGAAGAUAAGGAGUUGCUUAGGUCACUCUUCAUACAGCUUUGCAGAGCCUCUGAAUCAUUCACAACGGUCCGGAAGAGACUGUAGACCUUGGGCCAGGAGUUUAGCAGCAAAGUCACCACUGUCCAGUCCCCUGGUAUUUACCAGCUAAGAUAGUGGGCUGGCAGGAGCUGUGUUAUGGUCACCUAACAGGCUAAGUCAGGCAGGAGUCCCUCCCAUUCACCCCAAAGGGCUGCAGUUUCAGUCCCCUGCUUCCUUUGGGUGGGCAUCUGUCUACAGAGAAGGAUGUCUGGAUGGUGAUACCUAUUACUCUUAGUGUCUAUCAAGCUAAUGCCGGUGCUAGAAACAUCACCAUUAAAAUUUGGAAAAGCAGAGCGGUGCCUGUGGCACAGUGGGUAGGGUGCCAGCCCCAUAUACUAAGGGUGGCAGGUUCAAACCCGGCCCCGGCCAAACUGCAACAGGAAAAAAUAGCCAGGCAUUGUGGUGGGCUCCUGUAGUCCCAGCUACUUGGGAGGCUGAGGCAAGAGAAUCGCCUAAGCCUAGGAGUUGGAGAUUGCUGUGAGCUGUGACGCAACGGCACUCUACCGAGGGCGAUAAAAUGAAAUUCUCUGUCUCUUUAAAAAAAAAAAGAAAAGAAAGAAAAUUUAGAAAAGCAGUAAUGUUCAGUCGGACUCAAGCUGGCCCACCUGCUUACGUGCCCACAGGAAUUGUCAAGCUCCAUUUCCUGUGCCUGGCAUAAGCCUUUGUCAACCAAAGACAGUUUUCCCCCCUUUCAACUGCCCUGCAGGCUUUGGAGCCAACAAACUGUUACUCUUGGUGAUUCUGUAAGUACUUCAAAUGGUUUGUGGUUCAAAGUCAUUUAUAAGAAAGUUUUUAGGAAUUCAGAGCAUCUUCUUUUCCAGUUAAAAAUGUCGUACAUGGUAGUAAAUGUUUUAAAUCCAAAACACUAACUUGUUUUACUUACAAAGAAAUAGUCUAAUGGUAGAAAUGAACAACCACUUAUACUUUUUUUUUUUGAGACCAAGUCUCACUCUGUCGCCAGGCCAGGCUAGAGUGCUAUAGUGUCAGCCUAGCUCACAGCAACCUCAAACUCCAGGGCUCAAGCAAUCUUCCUGCCUCAGCCUCCCAAGUAGCCUGGACUACAGGCAUGUACCACCAUGCCUGGCUAAUUUUUCUAAUUUUCGAAGAGACAGGGUCUCGCUCUUGUUUACGCUGGUCUCAAACUCCUGAGCUCAAGUGAUCCUCCUGUCUUGGCCUCCCAGAGUGCUGGGAUUACGGUGUGAGCCACAGUGCCAGGCCCACUUAUACCUCCUUUUAAUGAGAAAAUGAUUAGUUAAUUUCAUGUUGGAUUAUCAAGAAGAAACCUGACAUUACGAUGUUGACCCCGGCACCUCCCCUUCAACUCCUACUGUCAGCCAAAUGAGGGGGGAGAGCUCUUAGUUAUGCCCAGUGGCAGAGAUUUCUAGGUGGAAGAGGAAGAAGGCCAAAGAUGAGAAUGAAUGUUUUGGGGAGUGAUGAAACGAGUGAACUAGAGCAAAACCCACUGGGCAGCAGUGACAGAACUCUCACCUCCUUUCCCAUCUUUCCUGCCUUUCCUUCCAUGAGGCUGCAGGGCUGAGUCCUGGAGGCUGGUCACUGGGAGAAGAUGAAAAGUUACUGUAUACAGGACCCUCACUGUGUGAAUUGUCACUUGCAUUUGGAAGGUGGUGUACAUCUUGGAGACUGCUUGUACUUGGAAGGUUAAAAAAACUUAGCAUCCUGUUCUCAACCUCCAAGCUACAUUGAGAAAUUACUACUCUGUAUUUUGACUAAGCCUUAAAACUUUUAAGUGCAUAUGGUGCCAACAUUUUUCUAAAGCUGCAUCAAAACAUAAAACCUAUACUCAUAUCUCAAUGUAAUUUUGUAGGAACAUUUUUGUUACUUUUACAAGGUAGAAUUGGGUAUAACUGUUGAAUUAAACUCAGCAAUCAUGUACUGAAAACCAUU